CAAUUGUCUGUCAUGACCACCACAAACAAAGUGCCUUCGACGCUAAUUGUUUCGACUGCUCAGAGCAUGCUCUUGCUCUAACAUUUCCCAUGUCACGAUGAUGCUAUGUUUGUUAUAAGCACAAAACACAUUGACCUAAAGACAUACAAACCAUCCGGCGCAAUUGGAUCUAUACUCAUCAUCGGAAACACGUGAUAGCGCGUCAUCGGAGGCUUUGCAGGGGCGUUACAGCUCCGACGCGACUUUCCAAGGGUUUCAGGCCAAACGGAUAUUCUUAUGGAUUAUUAUGGCUGAGGCAACUACGGCAGUCAGUCAUGAGGCCCCAGUAACCGCGAAUGGGACGCUUUUCCGGGGAAAGCACUUCUGGCUCUCACACAAUGUUCCCCAACGAAACCGGUUCAAAGAUCUUAUCCAGCAACACGGAGGCCACAUAAGGCUGUUUGAGAAAGAUGCCGAAAUCAAAAUAGUCGAUCACAAACGGAGGAAUCUCCCGCCGGACACAUACUCCUUCAAGUUCAUCGAGGACUCCAUCCGCAAAGGGCGGAUGCAGAAUCUAGAGCCUUAUCGAGCCGGGCCAUCAGAAGCUCGACCAGUUGGCGCUUCAUACAUCCCUACGCGAAACCACAAAGUGCCCUACACUGUCGCAGAUGACCAGCUUCUAUGGGACUGGAUGCAGAAGUAUGAGCGAGACUCGACAGCCUCUAUUUCAGGGAAUAAGAUUUACCAAGAACUUGCGGCGAAGAACCCCAGACAUACAUUUCAAUCAUGGCGUGAUCGCUAUCUAAAGAGGCUACGUGGUCGUCCGCGUCCGGGGGGCAUGCCAAAAGGUUCUGCUCUUGAAGAAAAAGAUUCGCAGGAGGUUGCUCCUGCACAGGUGACGGCCCCUACAGCGCAGACUCAGCCGCCAGCAAUUCUCUCACGGGAGCAUGAGGUUGUGCCCUCUUCUAGCAAACCAGCUGACAAGAAGAGGAAACGCGUGUCGGAGACUGGCGACGAAGCGGACCAACCUGACCCAAUGCAUCGUUCAGCUCCCAAAAGAAGAACCGCUGAGCCCGUGCCAGAACGUGUAGCAGCUGCACCUGCACGCCUUCAGCACAAAGGUAAUGAGCCUGUGAGGCCUCCUCCACCACAAAUCGAUCCGAAGGCAUCGAUUGGUGGGGAGAAGCUUUCUCCAACUACGAACGGAGUCGAGCAACAAUCCAUUCCGGAACAGACCGAGACUGGAACCGAUAAGCCACAAAAUGGCGCUGACCCCGCUCCAAUACCCCCGGAGAUAGAUCCUCUAUUUCUUCAGCUUCCUUUCUUACCUUCAAGUCCCGAGCCUGAACCCGUUCCCGACCCUCAGCCAGAGAUCCCGGAGCAGGAUAUUGACACUUGGAUUGACCGUCGCCUUCGGAAUGGCAGAGCGACAGAGGCACAGAUCAUCGAGGCCUUGCGCUGCACAAGUAUGGACCCAGACUUGGCAGAUAAGGUUCUCGAAUUCUUGGUGGCCGGAAAGGACAUUCCAGACGAUAUUCCGGGGGUCUGGACCACGGGAGAUGACAGGUGUGUGGAAGGAAAAGAGACUCGAGGGAUCCAGCGGGUUCUAGAGAAACACGGCGCGGAAGCGUUCGAUGCUAGGUGGGAAUAUCUAAGCAUGGCAAGGGCUGCCGGUCUUGAGACAGAAACCAUUGAAUAAGAAGUCCACCGCAAACUGGAAAUUUGAUAACAUGCAACUAGAAUACAGAGGAACGCUAGGCGACACAAAUGAGGAACAAAACUCAGAGAAAGACCCGGGAAUAUAACGAAGAUGGCAACGGAAGAAAGAAGCAAGAUGUAUUUCAAGAUGUGUGCAAGUGCUCUUUCAUCUUGGGACAUUCUGGGCCCUCCGCUGACCUCUCAUGUCCAAGAACUACCCAAAAGAGGGUUUAUCUUACAGUCAUAGCAUUUGUAAAUGGUGGUCAGAAGCGCCCCAACAGAACACCCACAUGCACGGUUCGUUGUCAACGCUUCGUGGCCAGUAAUCGCAUCAUUGGGGAGAUUACCAAGGGAAGAAGGCGAAUGCCUGGAUCCUCCACCCAAUUUGCUGGGAGAAAAAGAGACGGCAGACUCCACCUGGUAUCUCAACCUUCUUUGAAGAC